CAAAAUGGCGACUUGCAUUUCGUGGGAUGAAGCGAGGGAACAGCUGAAGAAAUGGAGAGAGGAGAAUGCAAGACAAAGUGCAGAAACUUUGGAGCUAGGAGAAUACGUUCUUUUAAAUCACAAGAAACUUGGUGAUGAAGUGUGGGCUGUUUAUGAACAAGUCUGUAUAGCAGCAUUGGAUGUCGGUGACAUAGAAGAAGCAGUUGGAUGCAUCGAAGCAUUAAAAACUAAAUUCCCACAGAGCAAGAGGGUUAAGAGAUUACAAGGGAUGAAACUUGAGGCUCAAGGAAGAUUUGAGGAUGCUAAAUUAGUCUACGAUGAACUACUGAAAGAAGAUCCCUCAAAUGCAAUGAUUAGGAAAAGGCUUGUAGCCAUCUUGAAGGCUCAAGAUAGAAUAGGAGAUGCUAUCAAGGAGCUUAAUAGAUAUCUAGAAAGUUUUAUGGCCGACCACGAAGCAUGGCUAGAGUUAUCAGAUUUGUAUAUACAGGAACAAAAUUACGGCAAAGCAGCAUUUUGUUUUGAGGAGUUAAUCAUGUCCAAUCCACACAAUCAUCUAUACCAUCAAAGAUAUGCAGAGAUCCGCUACACUCAGGGAGGUGUUGAAUCUAUGGAGAUUGCAAGGAAGUAUUUUGCUCAGGCAGUCAAGCUUAAUAGCAACAACAUCAGGGCUUUGUACGGGUUGUUCCUGGCUUCAACACAUUUGGCAUCUCAACAGAAAGCCAGCGGAAAAAGCAAAAAAGACAACAGCAGGUAUGCUACCUGGGCAUCACAACAACUAGCUCACAGAUAUAGGCUUGCUGAAAGGAAGGAGCCAGAGCAUCAAGUAUUGCACCUGGAAAAGAUGAUCGAUUCAUUACAGAUAACUCCCUCAUAACUAUAUGUCUUUAAGUUUAAAAACUACAUCUCUGGCUUAAGCUCUGGCUUGGGCUCGGGCUUAAGCUCUGGCUUGGGCUCCGGCUUAAGCUUUGGCUU